AUGCCAAGCUUUAAGAAUGACUAUGAGAGAUCGCACUGGGGGCUGGAGAGGCUGACGAGCCCGGAGGGUCCCCACGCCGCCCGGCCCGCCCACGACCCCUGCCUUCCCGGGCACUUCACCCUCGGGCCUCCACCGGGCUUCAGCAAACAGGAGACGGGGCCGCGCACCGACGGGCCGCCUCACCUUGGCUCGCUUCAGCAGCCGGAUGAUCUCCGCCUCGGCCUCGUCCGCCGCCUCCCCGGCGGCCCCGCCCGCUCCCGGCUCCUCCUCCUCCUCGGCCCCGGCGGGCCUAGAGAACCACUUCCUGAUGAGCAUCUAUUAUCGCUGAAGUUUGUCUUUGGCUCAUCAGCCCUCCAGGCCUUGGAUCUAGUUGAUCGACAGUCCAUCACUUUAGUCUCAUCACCCAGUGGGAGGCGUGUUUACCAGGUACUUGGAAGUUCUGGUAAAACAUACACAUGUCUGGCUUCUUGUCAUUACUGUUCAUGUCCUGCAUUUGCCUUCUCAGUGCUACGGAAGAGUGAGAGCCUCCUGUGCAAGCAUCUCUUGGCGGUUUACCUUAGUCAGGUUAUGGGGACCUGUCAGCAGCUGAGUGUCUCGGAUAAGCAACUGACGGACAUGUUAUUGAUGGAGAAGAAACAAGAAGCAUAAAAAAUACAAACUGAGCAUCGUUAUCUUUCAAAAUAGAGGUUCCAGCAAGAAAUGCAUUUAACUUAUCAUGGUUCACAGGGAAGAGAAGUGAAAUAGAUUUAGAAACUUCCUGUUACUGUCCCUUUUUUCUUCUGGACUGUAGAAGGCACUGUGGUUAGAACCCAGGAUGUAGGUAUGGUUUGAAGCCCUGUACAAGUCUCCUUGUGAAAAAUCUGAUGAACCAGCCUCUAAGCCCCAUAGCUAAAGUAUUUCCUAGAUGGAAUCAAAUAUUUUAAAUUUAAAUAAAGCCUAAUAUCAUGUCUUGUCCACAAUUAGAUUCUUAAGUAACUGAAGUAUUAGUAAUUUUUAAGUGGUCGAAAUGGCAGACAAAACUGAGUAGGAUGAAAUUUAGAUGAAUAAAUGUUAAUUUUUUUUAAA